AUGGCCAAUGCGAGCCCCUGUAUGCCCCCCGGGGUGAUGAUGUUCUUCCCUCCAGGGGGGAACACUCCACCAGCUCCAGCUGUGAUCCCACAGAGCCCCCCCAGUCCUCUCAUAGACGCGCUGUCAGGGCAGGUCCCUGGGGCGGCAGUGAUGCCCAGUGGGGCCCCGGUUCCAGCAGGGGUGUCCUUCUUCAUCCAGAUUGGCUUGACCAGGGAGUCUGUCUUUAUGCCUCAGACUGCAGACCUGGCUUAUAUCAAACAGAUUGCCUGUUCCAUUGUUGAUACCAAGUUCCCAGAGUGCGGAUUCUAUGGCAUUUACGACAAGAUUCUUCUCUUCAAGCAUGACACGGCCACCAACAACAUCUUGCAGCUGGUUAAAAGUGCAAGUGACAUUCAAGAAGGGGACCUGGUGGAGGUGGUGCUCUCUGCCGCAGCCACAUUUGAAGAUUUUCGGAUACGACCCCAUGCGCUGAAUGUUCACUCAUACCGGGCGCCUGCUUUCUGCGAUCACUGCGGAGAGAUGCUGUUUGGUCUGGUACGACAGGGGCUCAAGUGUGACGGAUGUGGCCUGAACUACCAUAAGCGUUGUGCCUUCAGUAUUCCUAAUAACUGCAGUGGGGCCCGCAAGCGGCGCCUGUCGACCACGUCCCUGAGCAGCAAUCCAUCGCUGCGCCUGUCCAUCACAGAGUCUUUACACAGCGUGGGCACCACCUCCUCCUCGGCCACAGAGGAGACCAGCCUCGUCCGCUCUCACACACAAAUGCCACGCACACAAAGCGAUGCCCGGCGCUUGUAUAUAGGCCGGCCGGUUCAUUUGGACAAAAUCUAUAUGACGAAAGUGAAGGUGCCACACACGUUUGCCAUUCACUCUUACACCCGACCCACAGUCUGCCAGUACUGUAAGAGACUUCUCAGAGGUAUCUUCAGGCAAGGUCUGCAGUGCAAAGAUUGCAAGUUUAACUGCCAUAAACGCUGUGCUUACAAAGUUCCCAAUGACUGCCUGGGCGAAACCAUUGACAGCAGAAGUAACUCUGAUGUGAUGAGUCCGAGUGUGGAUCCGGAGGUUCCCAUGGACUUCAGCAGUGAGUACGAUGGUUCAGAUAAGUCGUCCAUGGAUGACUCGGACGAGGCCUGCAGUAUCCCAGGAUCCUUCUCUCCAGAAAACAACCAGGGCGGAUCCAACAGAGACCAGAGUGCAAUAUACAUCCCAUUAAUGAGGGUUGUCCAGUCUAUACGGCAGACAACGCGUCGUUCCAGUACCUCCAUAAAGGAAGGGUGGAUGGUUCACUACAGCAAUAAGGACACACUGAGAAAGAGACACUAUUGGCGCCUGGACUGUAAGUGCAUCAUCCUAUUUCAGAAUAACACCUCCAAUAAAUACUACAAGGAGAUUCCCCUUUCUGAGAUCCUUGAGGUGCGCCCUGCUGGAAACUUCAGCCUGGUCCCUCCUGCAGCAAACCCUCACUGCUUUGAACUGAUCACUGGCGCAAUGUCUUACUUUGUUGGAGAAGACCCCAACACUGCUUCCUCUUUGCCCCUAAGUGACCCUCAGCCAGUCCCCAAAACACCCCCUUCUCCCAGCCAGGUGGCCCCUAACAGCGGCAUUGGUCGUGAAGUGGCCAAGUCUUGGGAGAGCGCCAUUCGCCAGGCGUUGAUGCCUGUGAUCUUUCAGGAUGCCCCUCCUGCUGAGGGCAACACGCCACACCGACAAGCUUCUGUUAGCAUUUCUGUCUCCAACAGUCAAAUCCAAGAAAAUGUGGAUAUCGGCACAGUGUACCAGAUAUUUGCUGAUGAAGUACUUGGGUCCGGACAGUUUGGAGUUGUGUAUGGCGGCAAACACAGAAAAACGGGAAGAGAUGUAGCUGUCAAAGUCAUAGACAAGCUGCGUUUUCCUACAAAACAAGAGAGUCAGCUGAGAAACGAGGUGGCCAUACUGCAGAGUUUGCGGCAUCUUGGCAUCGUGAACCUGGAGUGUAUGUUUGAAACCCCAGAGAAGGUGUUUGUGGUGAUGGAAAAGUUGCACGGUGACAUGUUAGAAAUGAUUCUCUCUAGUGAGAAGGGCCGACUGCCGGAGAGGCUCACCAAGUUCCUCAUCACUCAGAUACUCGCAGCUCUGAGACACCUGCACUUUAAGAACAUUGUUCACUGUGACCUGAAGCCUGAGAAUGUGCUGUUGGCCUCUGCUGACCCCUUUCCCCAGGUCAAACUGUGCGACUUUGGGUUUGCUCGUAUCAUAGGCGAGAAGUCGUUCCGUCGGUCUGUCGUGGGGACGCCGGCCUACCUUGCCCCAGAAGUGCUCUUAAACCAGGGCUACAACCGUUCCUUGGACAUGUGGUCAGUGGGAGUCAUCAUGUACGUCAGCCUGAGCGGGACCUUUCCCUUUAACGAGGAUGAAGAUAUUAACGACCAGAUUCACAAUGCAGCGUUCAUGUACCCCCCAAACCCAUGGAAACAGAUCCACAGUGACGCAACUGAUUUGAUCAACAAUCUACUGCAAGUCAAAAUGAGGAAGCGCUACAGCGUGGACAAGAGUCUCAGCCACACUUACCUACAGGAUUAUCAAACGUGGCUGGAUCUACGGGAGCUGGAAACCAAACUGGGCGGACGUUACAUCACCCACGAGAGCGAUGACAGCCGCUGGCAGGCAUACGCACGGGACCACACACUGGCCUACCCCUCCCACCUGGUGCCUGCCCCCCCAGCCCCUGGCUCUGACGACGAGGGCACCAUGGAGGACGCAGAUGUGCAGUGUCUGACCGAGAGAGUCAGCAUCCUCUGA